AUGAAAUCUAUAAUCACUUUCCUUUUAGCUUUCUUGAUCAUCUCUGCUACUCUUUCCUUUGCAACCCAACCCGAACACACUGGCCCUGGAUCAUCCAAACCAAAAUCCAACAGUAACAAGAAAGGUAGUGGAAAAGAUGGUGGGAUGGGUGAAUUCUUCGGGCCCGGAGGGGGGUUCAAUAUUCCCGGGUUUGGAAGUGGGUGGGGAAAUGGAAUUGGUGGCGGCUAUGGAGCCGGAUAUGGGGGUCCGAAUGGUGGGUACUCUAAAGGUGGUAUCAUAAGAGGUGUCACGUUACGACGGGGAAAGCUGUUGACCAGGCUGCGCAGGUGCUUUGCUGCACAGUUGUGGUCCUCGGAAUUCGCCGUUUGA